AUGAUGAAAACUGUAGGCUUUUCGAAUCUACUGGUCGCGGCCCUCUGCUCGACUUCCGGUUCCAUGGCGGAUGCCCAGGAGAAUUCGACGUUGGUGUGUGGCCUAGCUACUAGCCCCUGCCCUGCUGGAUGCUGGUAUGGGGUCAUCCUUGACGCUCCCGAAGAACCACGGUCGUGCUUGCCUGUCGAAAAAGGUCAUUUUAGUGGAGCUGAAGAUGACGUUAGGUACGCAUGUAGUGCUGGAACCUACUCGAGCUCACAAGUUGCAGAAGAGUGCACGCUUUGCCCGGCGGGAGCGUUUAGCAAUGGCUUCGGCAGCACUUCUUGUACUUCAUGUCCAUCGGGAUCCUAUGCAAUUCUUCAAGGUGCCGACACGUGCGCCCCCUGCAGUACCGAUAGGUACGACGGGGAAGGUGCUCGCUUGGCUAUUGGACCUAAUGCAGAAGGUGGAUACACUUGCUUGCACCCCGAUUGGGCCCUCAGCAUCUUCCCUCAGGUCUUUGCCACCAUCGCUCCUUCCUCUGAUAUUCGCAGCUCAGCACCAUCCUUUCCUUCUGAGCUGGCAAGUUUUCUUUCUUCGGAGAGACCAAGUACGGCGCCAGCCUUUGUCUCGAAAGCGGAAACUGUAAAUCCUUCGGAAAUUCCGAGCUUGUCGCCAGUCUUUGUCCCUGAAUCAGACAUGCUGGAACCGGAAAUUUCAGAAGGGUUCAGUAAUACCGUUGAAGCAACUUCAGACGAGGUGCCGUUGGGAUCACCGACCGAAACAUCGCCAACUAGCGGAGUAACAGACCGCCGCAGGGUUUUUUUGCCGACUCUUUUGACCGUAUUGGUAGUUACAGGAGCCGUUGGCAUGCUCACUUACCACCGGAGUUCCCAUGAUGGCGAGUAUGAGGAUGAUGAAGAUCUCGAUGAUGGCGACGAUGAUGGGGCCAACGAAGUUUUUUCUGCGUGUAGCGACAUGGCUCAAACUGACUCCUUGCAAGAUAUUGAUAUCAACACAUCGGGUCCAAGCCAAUCAAACUCUACUGUGGAAUUUGGCUCGGAUGAAUGA